AUGGUGGUGGAUCAAUAUAGCGAGAGACUUUUCGAUCUCGAUACAAUACUGGGAAUCGAACCCGAUAAUGUUUCCGCACUCAUCAACCGUGGGGAAAUCUAUAGACGACUGGGCAAAUAUGAUGAAGCGCUUUGUGAUCUCACCAGAUCACUGGUGUUAAGCCCUGAUGAUGCUUUCGCGUUGAAGAAUCGUGGAGCAACUUACGUAAUGUUGGGCAAAUAUAAGGAGGCAUUCUCUGAUUUAAACAGAUCGUUAGAAAUAAAUCCCGAUGACGCCUUUUCGCUGAGAAACCGGGGAGAAGUUUACAGAGUUCUGGGGAAAUAUCGAAAUGCGCUCGUUGAUUUAAAUAAGUCGUUAAUGUUAAAACCUGACGCAGUUUUUGCAUUAAGAAAUCGUGGGGAAAUUUUUCGAAUCCUGGGAAAAUAUGAGGAUGCGCUUCUUGAUUUAAAUCGAUCAUUAGAGAUAAAAUCGGACGACGCCUUCGCGUUAAAUUCUCGUGGGGCCACCUACAGAAUGCUGGACAAAUAUGGAAAAGCUCUUUCGGACCUCACACUUGGGGAUCUAAAUAGGUCACUCGAAUUGGAUCGGGGUAACGCCUUUUCGUUAAGAAAUCGCGGGGAGAUCUACCGACUUUUAGGCAAAUACAAAGAGGCAUUGUCGGACUUGAAUAAAUCGCUGGCAAUCAAACCGAAUGCAGUUUUCGCCCUGAGAAAUCGUGGAGAGAUUUUCAGAAUGAUGGGUAAAUAUGACAACGCAAUUUUAGAUUUAAAUAGAUCAUUGAAAAUAAAACCGAACGAUGGCUUUGCCCUGAACGCACGUGGUGCAACUUAUAGGAUGUUGGGUAGAUAUGACGAGGCACUUGCGGAUCUUGAUAAAUCAAUAGAAAUGAAUUUGAAUGAUGAUUUUGCGUUAAAAUUGCGUGGGGAGACUUACAGAGUGCUGGGUAAAUAUAAAGAAGCCCUUUUGGAUUUCAAUAAAUCUCUAAAGAUAAAAUCGGAUGAUGCUUUCGCAUUAAGAAAUCGUGGAGCAACUUACAUACUGCUAAGUAGAUACGAGGAGGCGUUUUUGGAUCUAAAAAGACUAUUGAAAAUAAAACCAGAUGAUCCUUUCGCCUUGAAUUCAUUCGGAAAAACAUGUAAAACGACGAAAAAAUUUAACGAAGCACUGUUCGAUUUCAGCAAAUUAUUGGAGAUCAAACCGAGCGAUGACCUUGUGUUAAGAAACCGUGGAGACAUCUAUAAGAUGUUGGGUGAAUAUGAUAAAGCAAUCUUGGAUUUUAAGAAAUCUCAGAGAGAAGAACGGAAUGACGCCAUUGCACUGAGAAAUCGUGGGGCGAUCAACCGCAUACUGAACAGAUAUAAGGAGGCGCUUUCUGACUUCAAUAAAUCGUUGAGAAUAGAACCCGAUAACGUUACUUCACUGGAAAACCGCGGGUACAUUUAUAUGGUAUUGGGUGAAUAUGAUAAUGCACUUUGGGAUUUUAGUGAAUCGUUGAGAAUAGGGGGGAACAAUGCUUUUGCAUUAAGAAAUCGUGGUAUAGCCCAUAGGAUGCUAGAUAAGUAUGGUGAGGCGCUUUCUGAUUUCAACAAAUCGUUGGAAAUAGAACCGAACAAUCCUAUAACGCUAAAAUGUCGCGGAGAAAUUUACGUGCUGUCGGGAAAAUACAAAAAAGCACUUUCGGAUUUCAAUAGUUCACUGGAGAAAAAAUCAGUCGAUGAUCUUACAUUAUUUAAUCGCGGUCUAACAUAUUCAAUGUUAGGCAAGCGUAACAAGGCACUUUCGGAUUUUAAUGCAUUACUGGAACUUUUAUCUGACGAUGUCCUUUUAUCGAGAGCUCGUGAUAAUGCAUGCGAGAUGUUGGGCAUGAAUGAUAAGGUGGUGUCGGCAUUAAACAAAUCAUUGUCAAAGAGCCCAGAUGAUGUUUUUCUAUUGUGGAAUCGGGGUAUAACCUAUAGAAUAAUGGAAAGGUACAGGGAGGCACUUUCGGAUUUUAACAAAUCACUGAAAAUCAAGCCGGACGACACAUUUGCAUUGAAGAAUCGUGGCGAGGUAUAUAGGAUCAUGGGAAAAUACGAAAAGGCAUUGUCGGACUUCAACAUAUUACUGAAAUCAGAGAAACGGGAUGCCUUUUUGUUAAGAAUUCGUGGGAAAACCUACAGAAUGCUGAGUAAAUAUGAGGAAGCACUCUCCGAUCUUAACAAAUCACUCGAGAUAGCGCCGGAUAACACUUUUGCCCUGAAAAAUCGCGGAGAGGUAUAUAGAAUGUUGAGAGAAUACGAUAAAGCACUUUCAGAUUUCAACAGAUCUCUAGAAAGAAAGUCAAAUGAUGAGUUUUUAUUGUCGAGGCGUGGUGCAACCUACAGAGCGUUGGGAGAAUACGACAAUGCAGUAUCAGACUUAACCCGAUCACUAGAAAUAAAUCCUGAUGACACCUUUUCAUUGUGGAAUCGCGGACAGACUUACAAAUUAUUGGGAAAAUAUGGCAAAGCGCUUUCGGACUUAAAUAGAUCACUAGAGAUAGGACGGAAAGAUACAUUUGCGUUGAAAAGCCGUGGGGAAAUCUAUAAAAUUUUAGGAAAUUAUAAUGAGGCACUUUUGGAUUUGACUAGGUCAUUGGAAAUCAAACCGUAUGACGCUGCGGCAUGGAGCGAUCGCGGGGAGGUAUACAGAAUGUUAGGUAAAUAUAAUGAGGCACUCGCCGACAUUAAUAGGUCGUUGGACGUGAGACCGGAUAAUGCCCAGGCACUUAAAAAUCGCGCAGAAAUUUAUAAGGUGCUACGCAAAUAUAACAAAGCACUCGUGGAUCUAAACAGAUCACUGGAAAUAAACCCCGACGAUUUUUUCGCAUUAAGAUCACGUGGGGAAACGUAUAGAAAGUUGGAUAGGUACGACGAGGCGAUUUUGGAUUUCAAUAGAUUGUUGGAACUAAAGCCGGAUGAUGCCUCACUGGUUAGAAACCGCGGAGAAAUUUAUCGGAUCUUGGGUAAAUAUGAUGAGGCACUUUUGGAUUUAAAUAAAUCAUUGGAGAUCGAACAGAAAAACGCCUUUGCGUUAAAGAACCGUGGGGAAAUUUACAGAAUGUUAACCAGAUACGACGAGGCCCUUUUGGAUUUGAAUGUAUCGUUGGAGGUGGAGAUGGAUGACUCUUUUGCUUUAAAAAAUCGUGGCGCAACAUAUAGGAUGUUGGGCAGGUACAAUGAGGCGCUUUUGGAUUUCGAUAAAUCGCUGCUGAUGGAACCAGACGAUGUUUUUUCAUUGAAAUUACGUGGAGACGUCUACAGGAUGUUAGGAAGAUAUAAUGAAGCUAUUAUAGACCUUGAAAAAUCGCUGGAUAUUGCGAAAGAUGAUGCUUUUGCAUUAAAAAUACGCGGGGAAACCUAUAGGAUGUUGGGUAAAUAUAGGAAGGCGAUUUUGGAUCUUAGUAGAUCACUUGAAAUAGAAAGCAAUGAUGUCUUCGCGUUAAAUUCACGUGGCGAAACUUACAGAAUGUUGGGUGAAUAUGACGAGGCUCUAAAGGAUUUCGACAAAUUAUUAGAAAUCAAGCCAACCGACCCUUUUGCACUAAAGAACCGUGGGGAAACCCACCGAAUACUACACAGAUACAAUGAAGCGCUCUCAGAUCUGAUCAAAUCGCUAGAAAUUAAACCAGGAGAUUUUUUUGCAUUGAGAUCACGGGGAGAGACAUACAGAAUGUUGAAUAAAUUUCACGAGUCACUUUCUGAUAUUAAUCGAUCUCUUGAAAUUAAACAACACGAUGCUUUUGCUUUGAAAAGCCGAGGAGUGAUCUACAAAUUGCUGGGCAAAUAUGACGAAGCACUCUCGGAUUUAAACUUAUCGCUGCAAUUAGAUCCUGGCGAUUGUUUCGCAUUAAAAUCGCGCGGAGAAAUAUUUAAACUGUUGAAUAGAUAUAAUGAGGCACUUGCUGAUUUUAAUGGAUCACUAGAAAUAGAGCCCGUUGAUGCUUUUGUGCUAAAAUCACGGGGAGAAACACAUAGAAUGAUGGAUAGGUAUAACGAAGCGCUUUCUGAUUUUAAUAGAUCAUUGAAAAUAAUACCAGACGACGCGAAUGCUCUAAGGAACCGAGGAAGGGUAUAUAGGAUUUUGGAAAGAUACGAUGAAGCACUUUUGGACUUCAACAAGUCGCUAGAAUUAGAACGAGAUAAUUUUCUUGCGUUAAAUGAUCGAGGGAAAACCCACAUGAUCUUGGGUAAAUAUAACGAAGCACUCGCGGAUUUCAGCGGUUCAUUAAGUAUAAGACCAGAUGAAACCUUUGCGCUGAAGAAUCGCGGGGUAAUUUAUAGAAUUUUAGGCAAAUACAAUGCUGCACUAUCCGAUCUCGAUCGACUGCUGCAUCUGGGUCGAGAUAAUGCCUUUGCAUUAAAAAACCGCGGGGAGAUCUACCGGAUUUUAAGCAAAUACGACGAGGCACUUUCGGACUUGAAUGAGGCGCUAAAAAUGGUGCCAAGUGACGUCUUUGCAUUGAAUUCACGUGGCGCAACUUACAUGAAGUUGGAAAAUUAUCAUGAGGCACUCUCUAACUUUGACAAAUCAUUGAAAAUAAAACCAGAAAAUAUUUUUUCAUUGAAUUUGCGCGGGGAAGUUUAUAGAGCAUUGGGUAAAUACGACGAGGCACUUUUGGAUUUUAAUAGGUCACUGGAAAUUGAACGGGAUAAUUAUUUUGCGUUGAGGAGUCGUGGAAUAGUAUACGUGACAUUGGGUAAAUAUGACGAAGCACUUUCAGAUCUCAAUAAGUUGCUAGAAAGAAAUCCAGAUGAUCAUUUUGUAUUAUGGAAUCGUGGAUCAACCUAUAGAAUUUUAGGUAGAUACAAUGAGGCUCUUACGGAUUUCAACAGAUUGAUGGAAAUAAAAUCAGAUGAUGCUUUUGUAUUGAGAAAUCGUGGAGAUACAUACAGAGCCAUGAAUAAAUAUCGGGAGGCACUUUCCGAUUUGAACCGAUCAUUAGAAAUCGAACCUGGAGAUGCUUUCACUUUGAAAUCACGUAAUGAAGCGUUGAAAAUGUUGACAAAGUAUGAAUCGUGUUCAGAUUUCAAUAGACCGUUCGAAAUCGGCAAAUGGGAUUUUGGGAUAGCACAUGAUGUACUGGAUAUAUGGAAUGAAGGUGUGACGGCAAAUACAAUAAACACCAAAAAUGAAAUUCACUAUAUACCGUAUAAAAAAUUUAAAGAUAUCGAAUAUUUGGCGGAGGGUGGGUUUGGAAAAGUUUAUAAGGCCACUUGGGUAGAAAUUUCCAAAGAAGCGAAGAAAGUGACCCUCAAGUAUUUAAAAGAUUCCAAGAACAAAUAUAAAGAUCUCACAAAAGAGUUGGCAUCGCUCAAGGUUGUCAAUUUCGAGGAAUUCGUUUUGAAAUAUUAUGGAGUCACAGAAGAUCCAAAAACAAGAAAUACAAUUAUUGUAAUGGAAUACGCCAAUGAUGGGAGUUUGCAUCAGUAUUUAUCCAAGCACUUCAGAAAUGUCACGUGGCAGAAAAAGAUCGAAAUACUAUAUUAUAUCGCGACAGGGUAA